CUCAGUUUUCCCCUCCCGCCAUCAGGCUCUCCACCGGCCACCGGCCACCGGCCGUUAACACAAAAGCCAUCAACGAUACAGAAUUCCGUGUUGCAAGAAAACAGGAAUCUUUCAUAUUCAGCGAAGCGCGAUAACCCAUAUGUUUCGCCCCAAUGGGUUCAAGCGAUUUCCCGUCAAGCACAUGCCUUUCUUCAUAUUCACCCAUUCCAUCCACAGCCACCAAUCGGCUCGCCGGAAGCCGAUCAAACGCUUCACCAGAGCUUCCAGAAGGCCUCCAAAGUCCUCGCCGACAUAUAUGCGAAGCAUCAUCACCAACAUAUACGGAAUCCUGAAGUAUUCAGAUUGGGAGGCCGCGCAAGAGCAGCUGUCCAACCUCAGAAUCAAAUGGGACUCGUACACGGUGAACCGGGUUCUCAAGACCCACCCGCCAAUGGAGAAAGCCUGGCUCUUUUUCAACUGGGCGGCCUCGGAGCUGCGAGGGUUCAAGCACGACCAGUUUACCUACACGACGAUGCUCGACAUUUUUGGGGAAGCUGGGAGGAUGGAAUCCGUCCGCUACGUGUUCGAUAAAAUGCGUGAACGAGAGAUUGAGAUUGAUGCGGCGACUUACACUUCGGUUAUGCAUUGGGUUUCCAAGUCCGGUGAUGUGGAUGGGGCGGUGAGGAUUUGGGAGGAGAUGAACGAACAAGGGUGUCGGCCUACGGUGGUUUCGUAUACUGCGUUUAUGAAGAUUCUAUUUGAUAGUGGGAGGGUGAAGGAGGCGACAAAUGUGUAUAGAGAGAUGCUUGAGGUUGGAAUUACUCCCAAUUGUCAUACGUAUACUGUGCUAAUGGAGCAGCUAGUUGUUGCUGGCAAGUACCAAGAGGCUCUUAACAUUUUCAACACAAUGCAAGAAGCGGGAGUGCAGCCGGACAAAGCCGCAUGCACCAUUUUGAUUCAGAAAUGUUGUGCAAAGGGAGAGACCAAGACAAUGAUUCCUGUUCUUAAUUAUAUGAAAGAGAAUCGAAUCGUGCUUCGGUACUCUGUGUUCCUGGAAGCAUCGAAGGCUCUACAAGUUGCUGGCGAGAGCGACGCCCUCCUUAGGCAAGUCAAUCCUCAUUGCUUUGAUGAAUCGUCUGUUUCCACAAAUUCUGCAAAUGACCUUAUAGAUAGUGGCCUCGUUCAGAUUCUCUUGAUGAAGAAAAGUCUCAUUGCAAUAGAUCGGUUACUUACUUAUAUGAUAGAUAAGAACGUGUUGUUGGAUGGUUGGACUGUCUCAUACAUGGUCGAGAAGAACUGCGAACUUGGCAGACUGGAUGGUGCUUUAGUGGGAUUUGAAUACAGCAGGAAAAUGGGAGUGGGACUUGAAAGAGCAGCAUAUCUUGGCUUAACCGGAACGGUGAUGAGAUCGAAUAUGUUCGAUAAGGUACUCGAGAUUGUCAGAGAAAUGAUCAACUCGGGACACUCUCUCGGAAUCUAUCUAAGUUCUGUUUUCAUAUACAGGCUUGGGAAAGCUAGAAGACCCACCUGUGCUGCGAAGUUGUUUCGUUUGUUGCCUAAUGACGAGAUUUGCACUGCUACUUACACUGCUCUCAUUAGUGUACACUUCUCUGCUGGUACUGCAGAGAAGGCGCUCGAGACUUUUGAGGCGAUGAGGAAGAGAGGCAUUCUGCCAUCAUUAGGAACGUACAGAAUUCUGUUGGCGGGUCUUGAGAAGUUGGGUAGAGCAAGUGAAGUAGAAGUUUACACGAGGGAAAAGAAUAGCCUAUUGAGUCAGGGUGAUCGUCGGGAUAAGGUUCCUCUUGAGCAAAAGAUUUGUGACAUUCUGUUUGCUGGGGAUUCGGUGACUUGAUUCUAUGUGCUGGAAAGUUGCCUCGCGACAUCAGAAUGCUUCUGCAGAACUCAACGCUUAUAAGCGGGGAUAGUUGGAGAAUGAACUUGUUGCUCUUGAUUGUCUUGUUCCCAAUCCUCAACACGCAGGGAUUUGUUGCAGCUGAUAUUUAGUUAUCAGUAUUUGAAACUGCAGUAUCUGCCAAAGGGAGUACAGAUGUGUUCAUUGCUAUCCAGGAAGCCGAAUUUGAAAUCUCUGACUGAGGGGAAGGUCAGCUGGAUUGACCUAAUUGGUGAAGUGUUGUCCUGAUCUAAUAUGAUCCAGCUGUUGGUUACCACAACAUUCCCCUCCUGCUUUCGCAUUUCAUUCUCUCUAAUCCAGAUAUGAUCAGGAUUAUGCUCAACUGCUUGCUCACUGCAACAUCAUUCCUUGUUGAUGAGGUAAUCGAUCUGUUCUGUACUUCUGUUUAGAGCUUAGAGGAUGUAACGACCCCAGAAUAGUCUUUUCUCCUCGUAAGGGUCUUCUUUUUAUUUAUCUUCACACCAUGACACCAUUGCACCUAACAAAGUUCCAACUUUGUCAACUGUUUCAAGUGCAUGGGAUGAGGAAUAAUAUACCCAAUUAGACAAUUCUGCAAGCAUCAGAAAUGGAUCGCAAUGGGAUGCUACUGCUGGCUAGGCUACCUACCCACAUCCUUGUGACCAAUUUCAUUUGUUAACUAUUAUAAUCACCGAUUAAUCAAACGAAAGUUCCUGCACAAAUGGUUGCUUGUUUGCUGGGACAAAUUCAAUCGAUUCCAGCCACUCAAUCUACGCAAUUAUGCAUUGCAUAAUUCAAUUAAAUUAAGGCCAAGCCAAGCCAGCACAUGGUGCUGCUAGGUCAUGUUCUGUUCUCCCAGAUGAAUUUUGCUGACUCAUUUCUUAGUGACUGUUGUCCUAGUGUACAUUAUUAGGUUGUAUUUUAAGG